GACAGAAAAGAGACAAACACAAAACAUGUGAAGAUCUGCUACCGCAGUGAAUGCAACGCAGCACCCAGGACCAUGAAGUCUACCAGCAUUACUGAAGGUGGGGGUCCACAGAUGGUCAGGGGGGGGACAUUAACACAGUGAAAAGAGGAGAGGAGGGAUCACAAUAUUUCCUUUGGGACACAAUUUAAAACUGACAGCAGAGCUGAUGUUGUUGGUUGACCUGAUUUUGGCGUGACACACUUUGGUUUUCCAACUGCUGCUUUAAUUGCAACACGUUGUUUCCUGGAGUUGGUCAACUCGUUUCAGACAAGUUGCUCAAUAAAAACAAUCGUGUUGUUUCAGCGUCGGUCUUAGGACACCGCCAACCCAAACAGCGUUGCCUUUUGACGCCGCGGUGCAGGAAACAGGUGUUUGUUUGAAUACUUUAGUCAGACUGACAGAGGUCAAGGCGGCACAACGAUGCCUAAAGAUGCAGACGUGGUCGUCAUGGAAACAGAGUCUGUUGUUUUGAACCAGUUGGCAAACUUCAACUGGGUCAGAGCUCAAACACACACAAUAGUCCAUCACAUCACAACGUCUCACACACACAUGACAUGUUCUACAGCAGCUCCAUUGGCUCUCCAUCCCUUAACGAAUUCUGUUUGACUUCUCCUGACUACACCCACCUGUCCCCUCAGAUUCUACCCCUCCCUCCGGAUGUUUGUCCACAGUGCUGGUCAAGUCACCAUGGGGGGCAGAUUUUUUCUUGCUCUGGAAACCCCUGACCUCAGAAACACUGGUUUACUCUCACACCUCACUAAGUAGCUAAAAGCCUUUGUCCUGCCUUCUUCUCCUUUGACUUGAGUUCAGUGGCCUUUCUCACAACUGCAUAUUUUUACUGCUAUGUUUUUUUUAACCGUGUCCCUGACCUUGGAUUCUGAUAAAGGUGCCCAACAAAAGGAAUUGAUUGAUUAUCAAUAUUUACUUUUAUUAUUAUGAGGUGUGGUUAGCUUGGUGUUUGAAGAGUUCUGCAUGGCGCCUCGGCGAGGAGCAACCUUCAAACGAAGGGCCUUCCUGUGUGGAGACGCAGACCAAAGCUGCUUCCUUCAUAUACCGUCUUACAGUGUGAUGCUCUUUCUCCCUGUUUGGGUGGUUUUCCUGAACCACAAAUGGAUCAACGUGUGAGUCACUGGAUCAAGAGGGUAGUUGCUCCACACACCACAUCCGCUCUACUGCCUAUAAAGGCCUGAUUCCUGACUCAGGUGGGAAAGAGAAGGAUGUGGUCGUCCACGGUCUCCGUUCUGCUGCUGCUGGCAGCUGCUGUCAGCUGUUCCGUGUCUGCAGCUGCUGUGGAGGAGCCAAGCUUUGCAGAGACCUACCUGAAGAGGUUCUUCAACCUGACCGAGCAGUCAGGCCCAUCCGCUCGAUGGGGGGUCUCCCCCAUGAGCAGGAGGCUGAGGGAAAUGCAACGGUUCUUCGGGCUGCAGGUGACUGGGACUCUGGACACCGACACCCUAGAAGUGAUGAAGAAACCCCGCUGCGGCAUUCCAGACAUAAACAUUGGGCAAUUCUCCACUUUUGGAAACAACGUGAAGUGGCAGAAGAACACCCUCACGUACAGAAUAGUGAACUACACGCCUGACAUGUCCCAAGCAGAAGUGCAGGACUCCAUACAGAGAGCUCUGCAGGUCUGGGCCAGCGUCACGCCUCUGAGGUUCACCAGAACCAACAGCGGCCCGGCAGACAUCAUGGUGUCCUUCGGCCGUGGAGCACACGGAGAUUACUAUCCCUUUGACGGCCCCCAUGGCACACUGGCCCACGCCUUCUCUCCAUCAUCUGGCAUCGGGGGAGACGUUCAUUUUGACGACGAUGAAACCUUCACCUUUAGGUCAAGCAAAGGUUACGUGCUCUUCAUGGUCGCUGCUCAUGAGUUUGGCCACUCCCUGGGUCUGUCUCACUCCAGCGACCGGGGUGCUCUCAUGUACCCGCUCUACUCAUUUGGGUACCCUGAUACCUUUGUCCUGCCCAAAGACGACGUCAGAGGGAUCCAGUCUCUGUACGGCCCAAACUCUGUCCAAAGUCCACUUGCCAGUGCCCCUCAGCCCCCCAGCACUACCGAGUCUUGUGACUCAGCUGUAGUUUUGGAUGCUGGCACCACCUACCAAGGAGAACUCCUGCUCUUCCAGAACAGCGUCUUCUGGCAGUGGGACCCUCUGAGCGGGAAAUCUGAAAAAAGGCUCAUCACAGAUGCGUUUCCAAAUGCUCCAGUCAACAUCGAUGCUGCAUACGAGGACCCGCAGUCAGGGAACAUUUUUCUUUUUAAGGGUAACAGAGUGUGGGCCUUCACUGGGGACCAGCGUGUCCAGGAAUAUCCCAAAACCCUUGUUAGUUUUGGUCUGCCGUGGUUUCUGAGCAGGGUUGAUGCUGUCCUGUACAUCGUGGACUCCAGACAGACUCUUUUCUUUCUGGGCCGAUAUUAUUUCAGCUAUGAUAGAGGCUGGCGUGUCCAGAGGAUAGAUCAGAAGUUUCCUGAGGUGACCGAAGGUGUGAGAGCUGCCUUCCAGCAUCAAGGUUUCAUCUACAUCCACAGUGGAGGCUUCCUGUUUGAGUAUGGUGAGACCACCUGGAGGCUGAACCGUGUGCUGAAGAGCAACCAUUUCCUUUCUUGCAAUAACACUUGAUCUAUCGUGAUUCCGAUUUAAAAAGUGUGCAGAAAUGCAGGCUAAUAAACUGUCAGUUCAAAAAA